CUAGAUGGUGUUGUGAAGUUAGAAGCGCGAAAAAUGGCGAAAUGUUCAAGUUUGUUUUAUAUCCGGAAAAACCAAAUAAUUGAAUAAUAGAACACUCAUUUGCAUAGAAGAAAAAACAGAGAUGCAAAUCAGACUAGUAUCCAUUUCGUAUGCGAAUCUGCGCCACCCCUGGAUGGAUCCUGUUAUUGGACAAGUAGAAAUGACUCCAGGAAACCAUGGCAACAAGUGUUCUGCAGGAGAUCUGUGAACGAGCGAGGUAUGAUGCACACAGCGCAUGUUAUCGAUUGGCCACAGAUCGGAGUAGGAACUGCCGCAUCAACCUCUGUGACGCCUGCAUCUUUACCCUCACCUCUAUGGUCUUUGGUGUCUAAGAGAGGUCUAAAACCAUUCCGCAGACGUCUCUAUUUUUGUGAAAUGAGUGUGAGACGUGUCAGGGGUUCUUUUCGAGAGUCACUGCGUCAUUACGGUGGUUUGGAAGGUAACAGAAGACCUACUCGCCAAUUCCGAUGGAAGUACAAGGACGGAGAAUGGAGAGUUGUGUACAACGAUGGAGACGAAGUAACUUUAAUGUACGCGAAACACGAGAGAUUGCCGAUGAAAGAUUUUGGAGCGGAAGUUAGAGCUUCUAUGGAUGUUGACCAGUUCCUUAAUCAGGCUGUUGUACUACUAGAUGUACAGGAGACGUCUGUAGAAGGCAUUGUGGAUACUAUGCUGCACAAGGUUUUGGAUGACAGAGAACCUCUGACGACAAUAACCGAAGCGAAGGACACACUCUUUACUCACGAAUCAGUGCAUUUGUUAUCGCGGACGAUCCAAGGAACAUAUUACAGCGAUGGAGGUGGAUUUGAUUACGAUCAGUCUUGGGUCUGUGCCAUGUGCAAUCUUCCUUCUUUACAUCGACGCCAUGUAGCUGUUGCUCGGUUAAAACACCCUGCCAACAUGGGCCGAACAUUGCAUGAUGUUCGAUUUUUUAUUCUGGUGCUUACUCCCAGUAAAGAGAAAGGUACAAAAAAUGCUCUAGAGACUGGUAGGACUUUUGCAACAAUUUUUGCAGAAAUGGAUUUUCGAAGAAGAUUGCUAGAAGUACAUACAGAAGCAGAAUUUAAAGCUGUAUUGUUAAAACAUGCACAAGAUUUGGCAGCAGAACAAAGUCAUUCUGCUAAUAAACUUGCAAACGAAGAAGAAGAACAGGAAAAUAAUCAAGAGCCAAGAUGUUGGUUUGCCCGUGGAUUAUAUGUAGAUAUUCGUAAUUGUCUAAGAAAUUAUAUCAGUGACUACAUCGAUGGUUUUGUUGGUCAUAAGACAAUCCACAAAACCACAUCAACUAUUUUCUUCUUAUAUUUUGCUUGCAUCCUUCCAACUAUUGCCUUUGGUGCAUUAAAUGAUAGUAAUACACAUGGUAAAAUAGAUGUUAAGAAAUGCAUAGUUGGCCAAACAAUUGGAGGAUUAAUUUUCUCCUUUUUCUCAGGCCAACCAAUGGUAGUCAUAAUGACAACUGCACCACUUAGUUUAUAUAUAAAAGUGAUAGACAAUAUAUGUGAAGAUUUCAAACUUAAUUUCUUUGCCAUGUACGCUUGUGUAGGAUUAUGGAAUACUUUCUUCCUUAUAUUAUACGCAAUAUUUGAUGUCAGUAAGCUUAUGAAAUUAUCAACAAGGUCAACAGAAGAGAUUUUUGCCCUUUUCAUAAGCAUUGCAUUUGCAGUUGAUGCAGGAAGAAAUACUUAUUUAAAUUUUAGCAAAUAUUAUUUAUCAGAUGCAUGUACAUCUGAAACACAUUCAUUUACCACAGAAGAAUUAACUUCAAGACUUAGCAAUACUAGUGCAAAUUCUACAGUUAUUUUAACUUUACCACCCUGCAGACGUGAAAAUAGCUUGCUGUUCUUAUUAUUAAUGUUGGGAACUGUUUGGCUGGCCGUUUCCUUAUAUAAUUUCAAUAAAACACCUUACUUACAAGCUAGUAAAAGAGAAAUAUUAGCUGACUAUUCUCUACCUGUAGCUGUUAUUUCCCUCAGUUUUAUAGGGUCUUUUGUGUUCAAAGAUGUGCCAACUGAGCAAUUUCGUUACAGUCAAAAAAAUGUUUUUGUUCGAGCUCCAGUAGAAGAACUACCAUGGACGGCAGCAGCUGCAGCUUUUGGUUUAGGAUUUGCUUUAUCACUUCUUUUUUUCAUGGACCAGAAUAUUUCUGCAGCAAUGGUUAACAAUCCAUGUAAUAAACUGAAAAAAGGAACUGCCUAUCAUCUAGAUCUCCUUGUUGUGGGAAUUAUUAAUGGGUUCCUCUCUAUAUUUGGAUUACCAUGGAUGCAUGGUGUAUUACCACAUUCACCUAUGCAUGUACGUAGUCUUGCUGAUGUUGAAGAAAGAGUUGAUCAAGGACACGUUUAUGAAAUUAUCGUGAGGGUUCGAGAAACAAGAGUUACGGGAAUUGUAUCGCACAUAUUGAUAGGAUUAUCGAUGUUACUAUUACCUUAUCCAUUAGCCUAUAUACCAACUGCCGUUCUUGAUGGACUGUUUCUUUACAUGGCCGUAACGUCUUUGAAUGGUAAUCAAAUGUUCGAAAGAAUAACAUUACUAUUUAUGGAGCAGGCAGCUUAUCCACCUAAUCACUACAUAAGACGAUGUCCGCAAAGAAUGAUACAUCUGUUCACUUUUUGCCAAGUUGUCCAAUUAUCUCUGAUGUGCUUUUUUGGAUUUGCUCCUUGGCCAUAUGCUAAAAUGAUGUUUCCCGUCGUCAUUUUACUACUACUACCAUGUAGACACAAAAUUGUACCAUUAAUCAUCAACAAGAAGUAUUUAGAAGCUUUGGAUGGAGUCCAUCAAUGAAAUGUACAGACAAACCAAAAUAAAUAAUGACUGUAUGGUGAUAAAGUCACCACAGAUCCAGUUACACUCCUGGUCCCUGUAGAUGACAUCACCCAUCCUUCUGCUCAACAAACCAGAGGAAAAAACUGCAUGCACGCUAGACAAACCGAUGUUGGUCGGAACGGACGUUAUAUCCGAGAGGAGACGAUCCAGAUGUACCAUAGACGCAAGCGUGUCGACGGAUAUCUGCUCGGGCAUGCAGGUCUUUCCUCAGAAAGUGUUGUUGGUUACAUAUUGGAUUUUAAUUAUGUUUGUAAUCGGGCCAAUUCGUACGAGAUGAAUCUUUUCUCGAAUUGCAAUAAUGCAAUACUAGUAUAAAACAAAAGUAAUCAUCCGGUUUCGGUUUUAUAUCUACCCCCCGUUUUAAGUGUGAUACUAUUUGAUGCGGCCACAUUUUUUAUUUCACUACUUAAAAGUUUACUAAAAGCUGCCACUUUCGAAUCGGUUUUUGUUAGGUUUACCUAUAAAUUUCUUUAAAAAACAAAACAAAACACAUUACAGUGCCGGAAAUUACGACGAUUUAUUUACAUAACUGACCCUAGGUGCCAUUGCGUUUUAGUGCAUCGAAGUGUUCGUCGUAUUGACUCUUUUUCUUAUAAAAAAAUUAGCAAAUCUGGAAUCUUAAAAAAAAAGAAAAAAAAAAUUAUUUGACUGUUACCGGUGUGGAUAUCAUAAACUGCCUGUUCCAAAUAAUAUUGUUUUGUAUUUUUUACCUCUGAUGCUGGGAGUUGUGAAGGCAAGCAAGCGUACAGUCCGUCCCAUACUUUGAACAAUCAUGCAAUUAUCCACAGCGCCGGCUCCAAUUCUGUCCUCAUCCAAUGCACUGUGGGUUUUGUUGCCGUUAUGUACAGUAUAUAUACUUUGUCUUACGAUUUUUAAUUAUGAGGACACGCUAAAUAAUGAAUGCUUAUUUUAAUAACUAUUAAUCCUGUUCGAAGGAUCGGGAAUUAAUUGGUUCCAACCAUCAUGGUCGUAAGAUUUCAAAAAAAAAAAAAAAAAUUCAUUUUUUAUUUAAUUUAGCAUACAAAUUAUUAUUAUUAAUUACUAUUAUUAUUAUUUAAUGCAAGCAUUCGUAAAGAUGCCUAAUGCCUGUUAUUUCAUUAUGGCUCUGUAGAUAUUGCAUAUCAUUUUUAUUCGAUUCUAUUACAUCACAACUGCUUAUUACAUUUAUUGACAUUAGAAAAAAAAGAAAAAAAUAUAUAUAUUACAUACUGCAGAUAUACAUGCAAUGAUUACGAAAAUAAUUUUAAUACGGGUGCAUCAUGUAUAGUGGAAAAAAUGUAUUAUUGUCUGUCAGUUAAUUCUUCUUGUCUUUGCUUAAAUAUGUGUAAUGUAGCUUCUGAUGACAACCUAAUUUUUUAUUUACAUACACACAUACACACACACACACAUACACACAUCAACUAUUUUUCUCUGGCCUUUAUGUUGUUAUAAGUUGCCCCUCUGGUCAAACCUGUCGAUGAUGUUUAGAGUGAAACCGUCAGAAUAUUUUGACUAAAAAAAAAACAAUUAAUUAUAAUCUAGCUGUGGCCUUGUCAUGAGAUUUGUCCUUAAAAAAAUUCUAUAAUUUAUGCAAAAAAAAAUAUUUAAAUUAGA